AUGGGAAAACGCGUUGCUCAGCUAAGGAAAUGCAGUGGGAAUAAUGAUCAUUCAAGAAGUCUUCAAACUGAGCUACAGGUUUGUGUGCUGGAGAGGCAAAUAUUUGACUUCCUUGGAUAUCAGUGGGCACCUAUCCUGGCAAAUUUUGUACAUAUUAUUAUCGUCAUUCUUGGUUUAUUUGGAACUAUUCAAUAUCGACCUCGUUACAUAACAGGAUAUGCAGUCUGGCUAGUCCUCUGGGUUACGUGGAAUGUGUUUGUUAUCUGCUUCUAUUUGGAGGCUGGGGACCUCUCAAAGGAAACAGACCUUAUCCUGACUUUUAACAUUUCAAUGCACCGAUCUUGGUGGAUGGAGAAUGGACCAGGAUGUAUGGUGACGUCAGUGACACCCGCCCCAGACUGGGCCCCAGAAGACCAUCGCUACAUCACAGUCUCAGGGUGUUUUCUGGAGUACCAGUACAUAGAAGUGGCUCAUAGUUCCCUCCAGAUUGUCCUCGCACUGGCAGGGUUCAUCUACGCCUGCUACGUUGUGAAAUGUAUAACUGAAGAAGAGGACAGCUUUGAUUUCAUAGGCGGCUUUGACUCUUAUGGCUAUCAAGGGCCCCAGAAGACAUCUCAUUUACAACUACAGCCUAUGUACAUGCAAAUUCCCUUGGAUAACAACUGA